AUGAAGACUCCCUCCCUGCUUGGCCGCGUCCUGCUCAGAGUGACCAUGAUUCUGCAACAGUGGUGGCUGAUUUUGGCUGUGGACUUGGUGACAGCAGACGGUGGAGGAUCAGACGCAGACCCAAGGAGGAAUUCAGACUCACAUCUUCAACCGGGGACGGAUGGCGAGGCGCCGGACUCCUCCGAGACAGUGUUCCGUGCAGAUGUUCCCCCUGAGCCGAGCUCCAGUCGGGACCAGAAGAUCCCAGCGCCGGAAGAGGCCGAUGUCUCCGAGACCGAAGAUGACGCAGAGAAACCUCCGUCGUCACAGCUCCGUCCGAGCCAAGCUGACGAGAGCAGAGAGGCCGAGCCUCAACAGAUGGAAAGACAAGCUGACGGAGAGGACUGUGGAGGAUCAGUAGCAGACCCACACAGUCAUCUAUCAUCAUCACCACCUAUCACGCGAGAGAAACCGUUGGGUUGCAGUGUUUGUGAGAAAAGAUUUAGCUACAAGAGCCAUCUGCAGACGCACAUGAGAGUCCACACAGGAGAGAAACCUUUUGUCUGUGGUGUUUGUCAGAAAAGAUUUAGCAACAACAGCAAUCUGCAUUUGCACGUGAGAGUCCACACAGGAGAGAAACCCUUCGGGUGCAAAGUUUGUCAGAAAAGAUUUAGUAUCAAGAGCGUUAUGCAAGAGCACAUGAAAGUUCACAGGGGAGAGAAGCCAUUUCGUUGUUGUGUUUGUAGGACAAGUUUUAGCAAACGGUCCAGCCUGAUGAGGCACACAAGAGUUCACACAACAGAGAAACCGUUUGGCUGCUGUGUUUGUUGGAGAAGAUUCAGCCAGAGGUCCAAUAUGAAUAGACACGUGAUCCUCAUACAUGGACAGACACCAUAAGCAGCAUAAACCACAUGAAGAAUGUGCAUUAA